GCAGGCAGACAGGGCGGUGCAGAGGCGGGCACGCUUCGCGACACAGCCGUAAAGGCGCGGGAGCAGAGCAUGGCGCUCUACGCGACGGCAGCGUCCGUGCUGGCGGGCGUGGAGAGCCGGCGGGGUUCCAUCAAGGGGCUGGUGUAUGCCAGCAGCUUCCAGAACGUGAAGCAGCUGUACGCGCUGGUGUGCGAGACCCAGCGCUACUCCUCCGUGCUGGACGCCGUGAUCACCAGCGCCGGCCUCCUCCGCGCCGAGAAGAAACUGCGGCCGCACCUGGCCAAGGUACUAGUGUAUGAGUUGUUGCUGGGAAAGGGCUUUAAAGGUGGCAGUGGGGGCCGAUGGAAACCUUUACUGGACCGGCACCAGGCAAGGCUGAAGGCUGAGUUGGCCCGGCUCAAGGUUCAUCGAGGUGUGAGCAAGAACGAGGACCUGUUGCAGGUGGAAUCCAAGCCUGGCCCAGCCUCUCAGGUGCCUCGGUUUGUGCGGGUGAACACUCUGAAGACCUGUUGUGAUGAUGCGGUUGAUUACUUCAAGAGACAAGGUUUCUCCUACCAGGGUCGGGCUUCCAGCCUCGAGGACCUCCGGGCCCUCAAAGGGAAGUGCUUUCUUCUGGAUCCCUUGUUGCCAGAGCUGCUGGUGUUUCCAGCCCAGACGGAUCUGCACGACCACCCGCUGUACCAGGCCGGCCACCUCAUUCUACAAGACAAGCCCAGGGCCUGCUCUGCCUGCCAGGCCAGCUGUCUGCCGGCCGUGCUGCUGGCCCCGCCCCCCGGCUCCCAUGUCAUCGAUGCCUGCGCUGCCCCAGGCAACAAGACCAGUCACUUGGCUGCUCUUCUCAAGAACCAGGGCAAGAUCUUUGCCUUUGACCUGGACGCUGGGCGGCUGGCGUCCAUGGCUACCCUGCUGGCCCGGGCCGGAGUCUCGUGCUGCGAGCUGGCCGAGGAGGACUUCCUGGCGAUAUCGCCCUCCGACCAGCGCUACCGUCAGGUCCAGUACAUCUUGCUGGAUCCUUCUUGUAGCGGCUCUGGUAUGGCGACCAGACGGCUGGAGGAGCCCGGGGCGGGCACACCUAGCAAGGCACGCUUACAGGCCCUGGCUGGGUUCCAGCGGCGAGCACUGUGCCACGCGCUCACUUUCCCCUCCCUGCAGCGUCUGGUCUACUCCACGUGUUCCCUCUGCCAAGAGGAGAAUGAAGACGUGGUGCGGGACGCCCUGCAGCAGAACUCGGGGACCUUCAGGCUAGUCCCCGUCCUCCCCUCCUGGCCCCACCGUGGCCUCGGCACUUUUCCGGGGGCUGAACGCUGCCUCCGGGCCUCCCCUGAAACCACGCUCACCGGCGGCUUCUUUGUUGCCGUACUUGAACGGGUGGAGGUGCCGAGCUCAGUCUCCCGGGCCGAAGCACCGGCACCUCCACCCGAGGCCGCCCCGCGGAGGAAGAGACGGCGCAGAGCGGCGGCCCCUGGGGUGCCGCCCGGCACCGAGCAGGAAGGAAAGCGGUAGCUGGAGGGAGUGUGUGGACUUGCCUGUCCCCUGGGGCCCUCCCCGGGCCGUGUUCUUGCUCGUGACAGCUCUACCCACGGAAAUAAAAAGCAGGACAUGGUCUAUGAUA